AGGGGAAUGAGGGAACCAUACACAGCUGUGUUUGUUGUUGCUAGUCAGUUGACUAAAAGUGAAACAAGAGCAAUGGCGGCGGCAACCACAGCUAUUUCUGUAUAGAAACCUCUUCGGUUUGAAACUGUCGGACUGCAGACUGAGAUAAGGAACCAGCGCAUGAGGGAGCGUUCACAGGAUGGCAGGAGUGUUCGACAUAGAUUUGGAGACUGAGGACAUCAGUGAUACAGAGGAUGAGGUCUGUGACUUCACUGUGCCAGAACCAGAGAAUGUUCAGACAGAGGAGGUGGAGUUGACCAGUGAAAGUGUCAACAGAGACAGUGAGAGAGUUGGACCUGACUGCUUUGAGCUUCUAACUGUGCUCGGAAAAGGAGCUUAUGGCAAGGUUUUCCAAGUGAGGAAGGUUCAAGGAGCUCAGACGGGGCACAUAUUUGCAAUGAAGGUCCUGAAAAAGGCGAAGAUCGUGUGUAAUGCUAAAGACACGGCGCAUACACGAGCAGAGCGGGAGAUCUUGGAGACGGUGAGACAUCCGUUCAUCGUGGAUCUGCUCUACGCCUUCCAGACCGGGGGAAAACUCUACCUCAUACUGGAGUGUCUGAGUGGAGGGGAGCUGUUCAUGCAGCUAGAGAAAGAAGGCAUCUUCAUGGAGGACACUGCUGUUUUCUACCUAGGAGAGAUCACAUUGGCUCUGGGUCACCUCCACUCUAACGGGAUUAUUUACCGAGACCUCAAACCUGAAAACAUCAUGCUUAAUCACCAAGGACACAUUAAGCUGACAGACUUUGGCCUCUGUAAGGAGUCCAUUCAUGAUGGAACGGUCACUCACACCUUCUGUGGCACCAUAGAGUACAUGGCUCCAGAGAUCCUGACCAGGUCGGGUCACAACAGAGCGGUAGACUGGUGGAGCCUCGGGGCCCUGAUGUACGACAUGAUGACAGGAUCACCUCCAUUCACAGCUGAAAACAGGAAAAAGACCAUUGAUAAGAUCUUGAAGUGUAAACUCAAUCUGCCCCCGUACCUUACCAUCGAUGCCAGGGACCUCAUCAAGAAGCUAUUGAAGAAGAAUCCAGCCCAACGACUCGGCUCCAGUAAAGCUGACUGUGCUGAUAUCCAGAAACAUCCGUUCUUCAAACAUAUCAACUGGACGGACCUGCUGAACAAGAAAGUGGAGCCGCCAUACAAGCCACAACUGCAUUCAGAUGAAGAUGUGAGCCAGUUUGACACCAGAUUCACCAGACAGACGCCAGUGGACAGUCCAGACGAUACCACACUCAGCCACAGUGCGGAGCUUGCCUUUGCUGGUUUUACCUACGUGGCUCCAUCGGUCCUAGAGAGUCUAAAAGAAGGUUUCUCAUUUGAACCCCGUACACGGCCUGUACGCCGACACAACAGCAGCCCACGCACACCCAUCAGUCCUCUGAAAUUCUCCCCAGCUGGACCUUUCAAGUCCAGUAUGGACGGAGAGCCGGACCUUUUCUCUCCCAUUUCCCCACCAGCAGCUCCGGUAUCUGUACCUCUAGAAAACGGAACUGCCAGUCAGCCGAUCAGGACGCCUGCCAGGAACAAGAAGCAGAAGGGUCAUCGGAGAUGAGGAGGGAGUCUACACAGAGCCCGGACAGGCUGCAAGUACUUGGUCAGAUUAACAUUUUUCGUAGUAUAUAGUAAGUGUUGAGGCACAGUUUUUUUUUUGUUUUUUUUUUUGCUGGUAUCAUGCUUUCUUGAAGUGGUGUAACUUAGAAGUCCCUGAAAAGUAGACAGUUCUCCAUUUGUGCUUCUUUUCUCUAACAUUCGUCUUUGAAAACAAAUCCAGUAGUAUCAGGGCUUAAUGUUCAGGACUUCCUCUCAGUUAUAUAUCUACAGGCACAUUACGACACCAAUUCACUGGAUCAGCAUGGGGUUUUCAUGCUUUUACUCUCAUUUUGUCUCAGAUGGUCACUUAAAGCUUUAAUUUACAGCUUCCAUAUGUCUACACUUAGAGUUCACACUAUUGCACUGAUAUGGGAAACAAUGACUUUAUGUAUAUAUUUUAUACAAAAAGCACUGGAAAAAAGGGCAAAAGAACCAAUGAUUCUUCUCCCAACUUCCCUAAAUCUAUCGAGGAUUCAAAGUCCGGUAGAUGAUGAACUGAUUAGUGACAGUGUUUCGUUUUUUGUAUGCACAUGCAAGUACAAUCACAGAAAAGGGACGCUGUGAUAUAAAGUUUUUUUGGGGUUUAAUUAGUUCAGUUUGUGCAAAGAAGUCGGCUAUCAUUAGAGAAGUGAUGAAGAAUCACGAUGAAUGUCUGAUUCUUCUCCAUCAGCUGUGAAACCGACCUUCAGCCGUCAAGUUAGUCUGCACAAGCUUAAGUAGUAACAUUUGUUUAUGUGUUGGGGUGGGACAAUAUCAUAUAAAAAUCAACUAAAUGAAAUGCUACGUCGCACAUGGAAGAUAAUGUUUUCACAAAUGUCAAACUUGAUCUUUGGUGAACAUUUCUUUGUGAAACUAUGGUGACAUUCAUCAGUGUUUUUCAUUUCUCUGAGCUUUCUUAACAGAGAAUCUUCAUGACUACUGCCAAAGCUUUUCACACAACCUAUCCUCAUAUUGUACAAACGGACCAAUCGCGAUGUAAUAGAGUGCAUUUAACAAGAAGGAUAUGCCACAUUUAUUGAUUUGGAUUGAUAAGGACGUUGUAAUCUAUUUCAUCAGUUCAUCAGAAAAGCUUCUGUAUAUUAAUCGAAACAUCACCAUGUGUUCACAUAAAUGUAUACCUCCGUAGAAUUAGUAAGAUGUACAGUCAAAGCAGACUGUUUGAAGCUGUUUUCUCUGGAAAGAAAUUAUAAUGUUGUAUAAAAAGUAUUUUUGGGUUACUAAACAAACCUAUUUUUACACAUGAAAUCUAGGUCAAAUAGAAUUUGGAGAAAAAAUAGAGAGAAAAUCCUAGAUAUUUCCAAGUGUUUGUCAUUUCCUGACAUACCUGUAAGGGGUGAUGAUGUCACUGCUUAGUCAAACACUAACUCAGCACUUGGAUCACAGAAAGGUUACGGGGUUUAUUUGAUGCCAAAAUUCUUUCUUUUUUUCUUAAAGGACUCAUAGAUUGAGGUAAAUUGAACCAAAUUCUGACCAGUGUUUUUAUGUCUUGUUACAGUGCAAUAAAAAAAAAAAAGCAGUUAAGCAUGCACGAGUCUUAAACACAGGCACGGAAUUAUCUUGAGCAGGGAUUUUAAGUAAUAAUAUUACAAAUUAUUUUAGCUUAACAAAAUAUAUUAUUGGUUAUAAAGGGGAACAAUAGCCAUUUUUAGGGGUCCAAGCAGUGUCACUCAGUGCUCGAGCUCCUAUGUUUUUGUUCUCCUUCUUCUUGCUUUCUUACUUUCUCAUUGUUUUCCACUAAUACCCCUAUGCCAACACAGUACAAGUCGCAAAAAGAGAAAGUUCUUGUGAUUUCAAAGGUAAAGAAGUUAACAUUUGCUUAUAUUUGUUGGCUAAAUAAUCCACUUGCUUCAAUGCUGCCUAUCUAUCAUGGACUUUACUGGAGAAUAAAGAAUAUAUUAGGCCCUCACGGCUUUAAAAUGAAUUUUCAUAGAGGCCAAACAAUGGAGUUAUACCAUCACGUGAUGCCCUGCAGCCCAAAAUCUUUUCACAUCGACUCAAAUGGCAAAAGAGACAUCUGUUACACAGUGGAUACAUUUUGUUGCACGUCACAACCACCGCAAAAGUGACUUCAGGAUUGAAUUUGUUUGGUCCGAUAACAUUUGGAAAGUCUAGAUGAGUUGCAUGAUGGAAUCAUUUAUUCCUUAUCAAAGCUGAUGGAGCACUGAAGUGGAAAAAGCUGACUCAGCUGGUAGAAGUCUGGUGAGCCUGCUCUGAGAGAUCAUGAUGCACAAGCAGUGCAGAUCAUCUGGGAAAUUUUAUACACAACAGUUGAACCAUUUUGGCUUAGUGCACCACUGAACAACUCUCAUAGGAAUGAACAGGCACCGUCGCUGGAUCCAGGUAUCUUUAUACAUCCAUGAUUUUACCAGCUGUAAACUAUUAUUUGCAUUAAGUAGAGACCUAAAACGUUCAGUAAGGCAUAAUAAAAAAAAGAAUAUUAUGAAUACUUGCAGGCAAAAUAUGUAUCAGAACCAUGAAAUUGUAAUAUAAUCCAAUAACUAUAGGCUGCAUAAGCAGCUUGGCUCCAGGGACUGCAAGGUCGGUCUGUUACUUUGUUCAAGGCUGAAAUAUUUUAACAACGCUUGGCUGGAUUAACAUGAAAUGUAAUGAAUGUACAGAUGUUCAUGGGACCCAGAGUAUGAACCCUAAUGAUUUUCGUAUUCAUCCGCCUUCUCCUAAAGUGCCAAAAGCAGGUCAGAGUUUUUCUCUAACUAUUAAAAUAACCCAACAUGUACUCAGUGGAUUGUCACAAAAUUUCAUACAGACAUUCAUAGUUUAGGGUGAGUCCUUCUGAUUUGGUUAUUCCCUGACUUUUCCUCUUGUGCCACCACAAGAUUCGGUACACGGAUUCAGGUUACCCUCAGGAUUACAUGCUUUGGCAAUCUGAUUUCUCACGAACCACCAUCAUCAGGUCAGAAUGUCGUCACUGUGAGCAUGUUAGCAUGCUGACAUUAGCAUUUAGCUCAGAUUACUGCUGUGCUGAAGUUCAGCCUCACUUAGCUGCUGGCAAGGCUGUAGAUUCUCGUCUUGUUAACUCACAUCAGUAUUAACUGACUUUCUGCUCAUUCUGACCAAAAAUGGCAAUAAAUAAAACAGACUUUAGAAGGACAUUGCAAGAUUAAAAACAGCUGGAAUAAAUAAAAAAAAUAAAAAAAAAAACACCAGCAAAAAAACUAUGAAAUAACAUUUCAUAAUAAUGAAUUAAGGAUUUAGAAUUUAUUAAGUGAGUCUAUAGUGCCCCUAAAGUCCGGAAAGGUGAUUUUUUAUUUUAUUUUUUUAUUUUUUUGUUUGUGUGAGAACAAGUAAUUACUUCAUUAUCCUGUGAGCACAUAAAUUAAUUCAUAUGUCUUCAGAUGCACACAGGAAGGGAACAUAUGGAGUCCCCAAAGUCCCAUAUAACAUGAUCAUUUUUUAUUGUUAGCACAUCUUGUGCCCACUCACAAACACACACACACACACACACACACACGCACAAAUACAAAGUUAUAUGGUAUUUUUUGCUGUAUUUAUUCAUAUCAUAAUUUCUUAAGAUAUUAUUAAUGUGUUUAAUAUUGAAUGUAUUGGGUGUCCACAAAAUCAAGCUGCCUUUUAUUCUUUAAAAACAAAAACAAAUUCACCCCCCCCCCCCCCUCCAUUGACUCUGGGUACAGUGUGAACAGUGCAUGUUUGAUGCUGAGUUGUGAACACUAUGUGUCACCACUGUGUGAGUUAUUCUCAAGAAAUGGAAGAAAAAAGUAGGAAAAAACUCUUCAUAAUGCAGUUUGUUUCUGUAAUGACAUUGUAACUGCUUAUACAUUAUAUGUAAUGCAGGAUAAAAGGAUACAGGGCUUUUUUUGGUCUCAACUCAAAGUUGCUUCACUUUCAUCAUGAAAUUUGCAGUUGGACAGCUGGAGCAGCUGUUAAAUUGUGUUCAGUUUUGUGUAGUUAUUAACAUAAUUAAGAAUAAUUAUAGAGUGAUAUACAGAGCUGUGAAAAGGAUUCUACCCUCCAGAGUUAAUGAAAUUUGUAAAAGUUUAUUUUUGUGAUGUUUUCUGUUUUUUUUCUUUCUUUUAUUUUUUUGGUCAUGUUUUCCUUCUGAGAACUGAUGAAUGUGUUAAGAAUAAAGAACCAGUAAUUGCUGAA